GAUCCAAUGGCUCAGACUUGCAGGAUCGUACUCCAGAUGGCACUUCUGUGUACUGCCCGGACUUCUUUAAAUGUGCUUCCUCAGGAUCCCAUUGUGCCCGUUGGUGGCACAGUUCAACUGAAUUGCACUAUUAAUUGCCAUGGAGGUUCUACUACCUGGAAGGGACUUGACACAAACCUGGCUGGACUAGUCUCGGGCAUAGGUUACAGCUUACUUACCAUCGAAAAUGCAAGCAUCUCCAUGGGAGGUUACAGGAUCUGUGUUGGGAUGUGUCCAGGAAAGAGACUUCUCCAAAGAAAAGUGCACCUGCAAGUAUACGCACUCCCACAAUCCCUACAAGUGACCUCCCACACUAAAGAACAGCCUCCCACUCUGCGAUGUUCUAUGUAUGGACUUUACCCACACGUACCUGUAAAACUGACCUGGUACCGUGGUCAAGAGAAAUUGAUGAGUGCUAGUGAUAAUGAAGACAUAACUGAGAAUGGGGAGUUGUUUAAUGUGAAGUGGAGUUUGGAGAUCCCUGCAAAGAAAAUAUGGGCAGCAGGGACAACGUACAGGUGUGAGGCUGAGGUGACCAUUCUUGACCAAGUAUUCAAAAGACAGGGUACCUUGCAACUGGAAGACAAAGCAAAAAGUACUACACGUGCCAUCCUGCUUGCAAGCUCAGAAACCACAGGAAUCCCUACAACUAUUUCAGGAAGACCUCACGGUGCAUCAACCAUGGAAUUAUCCACAUGGAAAGCAGAUAUUCUUCGGGCACAAAGAAGUUCCACCCCACAACCUGAAUGUACCAAAAUACAGCCUAAUCCUACAACCUCUACCAAUAAGGAACCUGUAACCCAAGCUGAACAAAUGGGAACAAAGCUGUCCGCCACAUUCAUGUCCAUUCAUGAAUCAAGAAAUUCAGCUACUAACUCUCUGAAAAGCAACAAACUGUUAACAUUCACUACACCCCUCAUCAUCCCUCGAAGCUCAUUUAUCGAGGAGAAGUCUACAUAUCCACCUUCUGUCUAUCAAGGUACCCUAAUGAAUAUUUACAUCAAAGUAAACCUCAAAGACAUCACAACACCAAGUGAAUCUAUCGGGAACAGUAUUGUAGAGGAAACAUCUACUCCAAUUAUACCCACAGGUACAGGUAUCACAAUGCCUGCAACCCCUUCAAUCAUAGGAACACCCACUAUUAUUUUGGGGAGCUCUAAGGUGGCAUCUUCUGCACUGGACACCACUACCACGCAUGGGACACAAGGAAGAUCCACUGCUCAAUAUGAACUCAAAGCCUCUCAAAGAAAACACAAGAUAGAGUCUGCUACACAGAAACACUUUAAUACUCCAACUACUACUGGCACAGAGCCUGUAACAAGGCUGUUCAGCACAUUACGGCCAUUUAAAGACAGAACUCUCAUUACUAAUUAUGACAAAAGCAAUCCAACUUGGCAAUUUACUUCCUCUGUCACCCACACCAUGAUCAAUCCUGCACAAGAGAAACCCACCAGAUCUAUUCUAAAUGAAAAACUAAGAUUUACAUGGAUAUGGCUACCUACACUGGGUUUGACAGGGAGCAUCCUACUCUCUUUCCAGCUCUGGAGGCGCCUAAAUCGAAAAGGAUCCUUCCAGUUUAAACAACCCUAAAGGAGCAAAGGAUAUAUAAAGAAAAAAAUAUAUAUAAUAAAAAUUCCUGGAUCUCUUAUUUAGACUUGAGGGAGUGUCUUCUCCUGAAAACCCCAAAGAGAAGAUACCAGAAUGGUGUGGUUCAUCAUGUAGACAUUUAAAUCAAUCCUAAUGCACCAUACUGUAUACACAACUAGAAAUCUGUGCAUUAAGGUGAAGUGGCAACAUGUUUUCCUGGAAUGAACCCGGUUUCUACAGCCCAGAAAGUAAAUUUGGUACUCUGUGCUCAGAUUGGUGCCUGAAGACCUGUGGUCCAAUCAAACCAUAGACUGGUACUAAGACAUUAAAACA